GGUGCUCGCGUGCCACGGCAUUUGUAAUGGCGUGCGACGGCUAGGAAAAGGGCAACAACGCGCACGAGUGCUCGAGUUUUCGUCUGUUGUAAAAACGGGAAGUGCGUUAGUGCGUGCGUGGUGUGACAGUAUCGUUAAAAUGACAACGACGUCGAGCAUUCUGCCGUCGUAUCAGCGGUUCGUGAACGGUGUGCCGGUGCCUCUAUUCUCGAGACGGUCGUUCCGCCCGCGUGAAAAGUAUCUGAUCAUGUUGGUGUUUUUGACGUUCGGUGUCGUGUGUUUCGGAACGUUCUUCUUUUUGCCGGAUUUCCGUCCGGGCACCGGCGGCGUCGCAGUGAACAGUGUUUACCGUGUGUACCAACACAUGCAAAGCGGACCGGAAUUACUUAUACCGGCGCCACCUCGUUUACAAGGGGGUAUAAAGGGGUCCAUAGGUCAUCUUAAUGCUGUGCCACCUGGACACGAGGGCAUUGAUCAUCAGGAUGUGCAUAUUCUUCAGGACAAGCAAAAGCUGCAGGCGAAGAUCGACGAGGAAUAUCAGCAACAGAAGAUGUUGGAGAAGCCGGAAGUGAUUGGUGAAAUACAUGUGCGUGUUACUAGUUCACCGUCGUUAGUGCUUCACCGGAAGAACGAAGUUUCGGAGACUGUGCCGCCAGCACCUGGGAGUAAACUUCCUUUGACGGUCGGUGGAGAGGACAAGGACCCCAUCGCCAGGGAACGGAGGGACAAGGUCAAAGAGGUGAGUCUUUGUGAGCGAAGUUCAAAGCUGUUCGUGCGCCACGAUUGUCGGAUUGUGAAAUCGAUUAAAAAAUUGCGAUGGACGAUCGUUAUAAUCGAUUGAAGUUAAAAAAAAGAAAAGAAAAAGAAACGAAA